ACGAAGGAGAGGGAGAAGAAAGAGAGAGAAAGAGAGAGGGGGGGGUGGUGGGGAAUGGAAAACGGCGGAGGGGUAGCGAAAGGUGGGGGGCAGGGGACACCGUCGUGCUGGGAUAUCUGGGAGCUGGGGAACUGGAGUUCCGCCGGCAUCGCGAGCGCCCCCUCCUCCUCUUACUACUACUACGCCAACGGUACUGCAGCAGCCGCAGCCGCCGCCGCCGCCUCCUCCUCCUGCCCCCCCUUCUCCGACCCCGCCGCCAUGGUCCCCACCGCCCCCGGGGACCACCACCAGGAGCAGGGCCAGCUGUACGGACAGCACCACCACCAGCAUCUGACGUGUCUGAAGCUCGGCAAGAGGCAGUGCUACGGGGAGGAAGGGGUAGCCGGUGGAGGGAGCAAGAGGGAGCGGCUGUCGUCGAAUCCGGCCGCGGCGGCGGUGCCGAGGUGCCAGGUGGAAGGAUGCAGCAAGGCGCUGGUGGACGCCAAAGAUUACCACAAGCGGCAUAAGGUGUGCGAGAUGCACUCCAAGGCCCCCAAGGUUGUCGUCCUCGGCACCGAGCAGCGCUUCUGCCAGCAGUGCAGCAGGUUUCAUGUGAUAUCGGAGUUCGACGACUCGAAGAGGAGCUGCCGUAGACGGCUGGCUGGGCAUAAUGAGCGCAGGAGAAAGAGCGCCAGCGACUCCAUUAGAAACUCUUCUCUAGUAGAAAACACGACGACGAGCAGCAGAUUCCCCUACAUACCAACUUCUCCGGGUCGUGCUCUCUCUCUUCUGUCAUCCAAGGCCUCCCCUUGGGUUUCAGCAUCUGACCUCUCUUCUCGAUCCAGCGCCGCCCUUCGCGAACUGAUCGCAGAGAACCGAGCUGCCGUCCUUGCUCGGCAAUUGUUUUCCGACCGUGGUGGCUGGCAUAACAUGGUCGUCGGGAACCCGGCAAUCCUUCCUUAUGUGCCACAUCAGCAUCAAGAGCCAUCACAAGCACAGGCUCAGCUUGCGGAUGGCUGGAACCAAUUCCAGGAGGCUGGCAACCAUGUGACGCUGGACCUCAUGCAGAUGCCGAGCUCUUCUUUUGAGAUCCUCUCUGCGAGGAGCAAGUCAAAGGAGGACGAGGAGUGCUCUGAAAUUUGGAAAUCUUUAGAAGGAACUCAUGUAGUGUGAAUCUCCAGUUCUUAUCGGGAGAGGAGCUGCUAAUUUUCAAUUGAAUUUGUUUUCGACCGAUGAAACUUUCAUGGAGAAGCUUCAUUAAGGCACAUUUUGUAAUAUAUAUAAUGUGGUUGCUAUUUUUUAUUUCUCAAGCAAACUUAGAA